GGGCAUUUGGCCAAUGGCAGUGCGGUGCGCAGUUGGCCGUCUGGUUGGGGGCGGGACAAAGUGAUGCUGGGCAGCACAGCGGAAGAAAAUGGCGGCCGUGGCUGCAGAGCCAGGAGCUGCGACGGUUCCGACAACAACAACAGCGGCGACAGACGAUGAAGGUCCGGUAGGGUCCGGGUCGGACUGCACGGGACUACCGGGAGUCGCACCGACGCCGGAUGAUCGGUGGGAAUCCGGCCCGGUCGCAGAGCAGGAGGGUGGAAGGGACGAGGAGGCCCGCCAUGUCGGGCCGGAGCUGGAGCCCGCGGCGGGAAAAGCACCACCGGAGAGCCCCGCUAGCGACGACCCGGUGAGCGUCCUGUCGAUAGACCGGUCCGUGGAUCGGUUCUCCCCCGGGAUGCUGGGCGACCCGGAGGGCGGCGGAAACGUGUCCGUGCAGGAGGCGUACCGCAGCAUCCCGCCGGACCCGCAGCCCUCCGCCGUCUUCCUGCACUCCUUCCCGGCGCCGCCGCCCGUUACCGAAGCCGGCCUGUCUCUGGACGAACCGGCGGAGCCCACCACCAAUGUCACCACGGACCGGGACCGGGGCUACACGGCCCGGGUGCAGGCAGAGUUACGGCACGCGGAGGACGUCGCGUCGGACGACCCUGCGGACCGGCUGUCGGUCCCGGACGGACCGGACCCGGACCAGGGCUACGGACAGAAUUCGGCGGGAGCCUCGGAACCGGCAUCCCCGGCCAGCCGGUCCCCGAAGAAGCGGCAGGUGCUGGAGGCGGCCGGGGAGGCCUCCGCCUUAGGGCCGGAUCCUGAGUCGCCGCUGCAGGACCUGAGCCCCGGCUCCGAGGUCCGGGUCUCCCUGGACCACGUCAUCGAUGACGCGCUGGUGGUGUCGUUCCGGCUCGGGGACCGGGUCUUCUCCGGGGUCCUGAUGGAUGUGUCCAGAAGGUUCGGACCAUACGGUAUUCCCAUCACAGUGUUUCCCAGACGGGACGACAGGAGUCCACCUGCCGUGUCUCUGCAGCUGGUGACCAACGACGACCCGUCCACCAAACAGGAGGUAGAGGAGGUCUCAGCCACGCCCCUGCCCCCCCCUCAUCCCUGGACCUCCAAGCCGCCGCCUCUGUUUCAGGAGGGGGCGGCGUACCCACCCCCUCUGUUCAUCAGGGACACCUACAACCAGGCCUUACCUCAGCCGCCUCCGCGCAAGAUCAAGCGGCCGAAGCGGCGAUAUCGCUGUGAGGAGCCCACCUCCAUCAUGAACGCCAUCAAGCUCCGCCCCCGCCAGGUUCUCUGUGAUAAAUGCAAAGGUGUGGUGGCGCCCGCCGGGCAGAGGGAGGCACGGCGAGGCCCGGUAGACCUACGGGGGGAGGAAGCGUCUCGGCGGCGGAAGUCAGCGGACGUACCAAUUUCUGCCGAGGUUAAACGCCUGAGGAGUGACGACAGGGUCGGACGUACCGCCACAGACCGCCGCUCAUCAUCAGGGAUGCGAGUGUCGUCUUCAUCGUCAUCAUCUUCCUCCCGUCGCAUCCUGAGGGACGUGGCCCCGUCCACGGCCGCCGCCUCAUCCAGCCGCAUGCGCCUUGGGCUGAAUUCGAAGAAGGUUCUGACCAAAGGUUCUGCGGUGGACCGCUCCAAGGCGCGGCAGGCUCUCAAGAAGCUGACGAGGAGCUCUCAGCCGCAGCCGCAUCGCCAGCCCAAAGACCAGAAUCAAAACCAGAACAAGAGUCAGAACCAGGACCGCACCAAGGCUGUGACUCGGGCAGCCGCUCUGCAGAACCACAACCAGAAGGUCCACUUCACCCGACGUCUGCAGCACCUCAGCGCCGCCCCUGCUGGCUCCGCCUCCCACACCACGCUCCCACCCAGAAUGCGCCUCAAACCUCAAAGGUAUCGUACCGAUGACAGUCAGGCACCAAGCUCCUCCUCCUCCUCCUCCUCUUCCUCCUCCUCCCCACCCAAACAGCCCAUUCGCUCCUCGCCCCCUAAAGCGACACUAAGCCCCGCCCUUAUAUCAGACCCCAUCUCUUCCACGCCACCACCUCCUACACCAGCUCCUCCAUCACUGCCCCCCUCCUCCUGUGCAGUCACUGCUGCCACAGAGACGCUGAAGGCCCGCCCCCCUGAGGAGGAAGAGGUGGUUCAGAAAGGAGGAGGGGGUGAUUGGCAGGUGGAACCGCCGCCGCUGCCUCCUCCUCCUCCUCCCUCUUCCUCCUCCUCCUCCUCCCCCCCAUUGGACUCCUCUCACUCAGAGUGCAGCUCUACAGAGACCUGUGAUCCCCCACCCGGAGUGCCGCCCCCCUCCCCCCCUCCCCCCUCAGUUCCUCCCCCCUCCUUGCUAGUGCCUCAUUGCCCCACCUCUGCUGCUCAAGACACGCCUAACCCUACCCCUCCCAAAAUGGACGGCGAGGAGACUGAGGCUGGCGGCGAGGAAGAGGAGGAGGGAGGUGACCUUAAGAGGCGUCGAAAGUCUUCCACGUCUUCCUCCUCCUCCUCAUCUUCGUCGUCGUCCUCCGUCUUCUCCAAGUCCGUGUCAAAGUGUCCACUGCCCGACGGCCGCACCGUGUGCGUCGGCGACAUCGUCUGGGCAAAGAUCUAUGGCUUCCCGUGGUGGCCGGCGCGGGUGCUGGGCAUCACGGUGGCGCGGCGCGGCGACACCGGGCUGGCGGUGCGGCAGGAAGCGCGCGUCUCAUGGUUUGGCUCGCCCACCACGUCCUUUCUGCCGCUCGCCCAGCUGUCACCGUUUCUCGAGACCUUCCAGUCACGCUUCGACCGCAAGAGGAAGGGGCCGUACCGCCGCGCCAUCGCCGAGGCCGCCAGUGCUGCCAAGCAGCUGACGCCCGAAGUCCGAGCACUGCUCACGCAGUUCGAGACGUAGCAUCGGCUUCUGCGGCCCCGCCCCUCACACAUGCCCCGCCCCUGCCAGGAGGUGGGAGGAGCUAUGCCCUCAGACUGACACAGUUGUGCAGAAAUUCUCGUUUUUCAGUUCUUGUGGGGAAUCCCUCUGGGGUGAGGGGUCUUUUUUUUUAUCACAGAGGUCUUCAACAUCAGCAGGUGUCCGUCAGAAACGGCUUUUAGUUCAUCGCCACGGCAACUCUCCAAAAGACAACGGCGUCUUUGGAACCGUUGUCAUCAGGCAGAUAAGUGCAUCCUGAAUCUCAGAAACAAAUCUUAUCAUUGUCACAGCACUGGGAAAGCUGUUUGAACCCGCACCUCAGCGCCGCUCGUCUCGCUCACCACGAGUCGCGCUGAGGUGCAGGUUGAAACGUCGCCCCUGUGAUGCACCUCGGCUGUUCUCUGGUUUAUCCUGUCACUGUUUUUCAUGCAGUUCUUCAGUGAAACUCUGGGGUGCGGGUUCUCAGUGUGGCUCUUUGGAGGGAGCGUUUUGAUCCCAGAUGGCUGUGGCGUGCUGACAUGUCACCUGCCGAUGAGGAACGGCCACUGACUGAAAGAUGUACCUUUUGGUUUAGUUUUGUUUCCGUUUUUUUUUUUUU